AUGUCCACCAUAGUCAAGGAAGCUUCCCAGAGCUCAUACCCCCCCGUCAUUCCCAAGGACUUCAACGGCAACCAGCCAAAGACCAUCCGCUUGUUCCCUCUAAGCAACUACACAUUUGGCACCAAGGAUGGCCAGCCCGAAGAGGACCCUUCCGUCCUUGCCCGACUCAAGCGGUUAGAAGAGCACUAUUCAGAGCAUGGCAUGCGACGGACCUGCGAAGGCAUCCUGGUCUGCCAUGAGCACAACCACCCGCACAUCCUCAUGUUGCAGAUCGCAAACGCUUUCUUCAAGCUACCUGGCGAUUACCUCCGCGCUGAAGACGACGAGAUUGAGGGCUUCAAGGCGAGGCUGAACGAGCGCCUCGCACCAGUGGGCACACAGUUCACAGGCGAAGGCGUAAACGACGAGUGGGUAGUUGGCGACACGCUGGCGCAGUGGUGGCGGCCCAACUUCGAGACCUUCAUGUACCCUUUCAUCCCUGCGCAUGUCACCAGGCCAAAGGAAUGCAAGAAGCUGUACUUCAUCCAGCUUCCCCGUAGCAAGGUUCUCAGCGUUCCAAAGAACAUGAAACUCCUCGCCGUUCCGUUGUUCGAGCUCUACGAUAAUACCGCGCGCUACGGACCACAACUUUCGGCGAUCCCUCAUCUGCUGUCCCGCUACAACUUCGAGUUCGUCGACGAGGAUGGCAAUGUCGCAGCAUGCACACCUGGUGUAGGCCCACCAGACGGAUACCGACCUCAGACCAAGGUCCUGGCAGGCGGCGAUGGGGACGAUACUACGAUGGAACAGAAUGGGGAAGGUAGCGACAUCACUCUUUCGCCCUUACCAAAGAUGCGUUUCCUCCUCUCCGUCGCCGCCGCCGUGGCCCUCUUGGCCACUUCCACGGCCGCUCACAGCGGCAAAGACAGGAUCGUUUGGCACGAACGCCCGGUCAAGGAGCAGCAUGGCUGCAUAGUGACCUGCAAGAAGUCCUCCGAUAAGCCAUCGGAGUUCCUCAGGACACAGUGCGCUGUCUGCAUGGACAGGAUCAGGAACACCGUGUGCGCUGAUUGCGCAGCAGCGUACCGGGAUGGAGUCCCGUUCGACAAGUCUGUGGACCGCUGUUACCGAUGCCGCCAUGUAUCGGACUAUGACUCUUCCUCCGAGUUUGACGAGCCUUGGGACAAGGAUGGCGGAUUCUUUUGGCCCGGCCCCGAGGGCCCCGAGGACUGGAAGUUCCCACACUAG